UUUUCGUUUGCCAAACAAAAUGUAGCCACAGGUAGAUAGUUGUGUAGCUGUAGAAACAGUGGAUGUUAUUCGACUCCUUAUGCAAUUUAACACAUUUGCUCUCAAUGAACUUCCACACGAUUAAAAGUAGGCUGCUAGAAGACUGUCGACCGGAACUCGUAUGAUCUGAGAUCGAUAGAUUUGGUCUGAGUCAGUUGCUGAAGGCGAACUUGUUUGACAGACAUGGAAGUAACAUUACAAAGCAGCGGGGGGGCUCGACUUUCCUUUUAACAACAUUUGUUUUUUUUCUGACAAAUGGCGUCUGUUUUGGACGACCCAACCCUGGAGCGACACUUCAAAGGGCAUAAAGAUGCUGUCACCUGCACAGACUUCAACCCAAACCGCAAACAACUGGCCUCUGGGUCAGCGGAUAAGAAUCUGAUGAUCUGGAAUCUGGCUCCAAAGGGGAGGGCUUUCCGCUUUGUUGGCCACCAAGAUGCUGUCACUUCUGUGCAGUUCUCCCCCUUUGGUAACCUUGUGGCCACUUCCUCCAAGGACAGAACAGUCCGACUGUGGACGCCCUCCAUGAAAGGAGAGUCAACUGUGUUCAAAGCUCACACAGCUCCUGUAAGAAGUGUUGCCUUCUCCCACGAUGGCCACAGACUGGUGACAGCAUCUGACGACAAGUCUGUGAAAGUGUGGAGCGUUGAGCGACAGUGCUUUGUCUACUCUCUCAGCCAGCACACCAACUGGGUGCGCUGUGCCAGGUUUUCUCCAGAUGGACGGCUGAUAGCUUCGUGUGGAGACGACCGCACCGUCAGACUGUGGGACACGUCAACCAAACACUGCAUCAACUGUUUCACUGACUAUGGAGAAUCAGCAACGUUCGUUGAUUUCAACCCAAGUGGCACCUGCCUAGCAUCCUCAGGAGCUGACAGCUCACUAAAGAUCUGGGAUCUACGGACAAACAAGCUCAUCCAGCAUUAUCAAGUCCACAGUGCAGGAAUCAACAGCUUUUCCUUCCACCCGUCCAACAACUACCUGAUCAGUGGCUCCACUGACAGCACUGUAAAGAUCCUGGACCUGCUGGAAGGGCGCCUCAUCUACACCCUGCAUGGACACAAGGGUGCUGUAAUCACAGUUGCCUUUUCCAGGGCUGGAGAUCUCUUUGCCUCGGGGGGAGCUGAUUGUAAGGUGCUGAUGUGGAGGACAAAUUUCGACGCCAAAUCUUACCAGGACGUCCUGCAGCAGCACAGCCGGAGGUCCACCCCGGAUCCCCCGCCACACCUGACUGACAUCCACCCCAGAGGACCCCACCUUCACCGCCAGCAGCCCAGAGCCAUUCAGAUCAGUCAAACGGUGGCAGACACACAGUCCACUGAUCCUCAGGUCAUAGAGUUGGGCCGAGCUGCUCACAGCGCCAAGCUCUUCAGUGGUCAAACACACUCAUUCCCCCUGCAGACCGCCACCAACAGUCAGCACUCAAACGGUUUGCCGCCGUGUCACAUGGCCACUACAAGAGUGGAAGGAUGGAUGGGAGAGGAAAGUGUCUGUUGGACAGGUGCCGCCGCCACCGGGAGCCAGACAGGGGUCAGCGGGGGAGGGAAAGGAAGGAGAGAGGAAGAUGAAGAGGGGAGAGGGCAUACACAACCACUAGAAGUCGUCUCUGGUCAUCCAUCAAGUCUGGACCUGACUCUACAGCACAUCGUGCAACAGUUGGAUAUUCUCACACAGACGGUUUCAGUGCUGGAGGAGCGUCUCACCCUCACUGAGGACAAGCUGAAGGAGUGUCUCCUCAACCAGUCCCAGAUUCUCAAAGACGUGCAGAAGUCAGAGGAGAGGCGGAGGACGGAGAGCGAGGAGUCGGAUGGAUCGCCUGAAGAAUUCACAUGAGGACCGCGGGAAACAGACACAGACUGCACUGCUUACUCCAAAGACUGCUCAAGAGCGUGUGCUUUUGUACAUAUAUAUGUGUGUGUGUGUCUGUAUGAGGUUUCUGAUGUCCACUUAGGUGGUCUCUCUCAGGGGUCAGUGGGUAAAUCAGGAUUUGGGCAGGGCUUGAAGUGUGUGUGUGUGUGUGUGUGUGUGUGUGUGUGUGUGUGUGUGUGUGUGUGUGUGUGUGUGUGUGU